AUGUCAGAAGAGAUCAAGACGGCUCAGAAGGCAGUGUCGAACGAUUUUGUCCGGAAAUUAUUCAAAAUCCUAGAAGCUGGUGAAUACGCGAACAUUAUCUGCUGGACGGAGACGGGCGACAGCUUUGUGGUGCUGGACACAAACGAGUUCACGACCAAGAUUCUGCCGCAGCAUUUUAAACAUUCCAAUUUUGCGAGCUUCGUGCGACAGCUGAACAAGUAUGAUUUUCAUAAGGUCAAGCGCACUUCGGAGCAGAAACAAAGCUCCCAGUAUGGAGAACACAGCUGGGAGUUCAAGCAUCCUUUUUUCCACGUACACGAUGAAAUGGCACUAGACAACAUCAAGCGUAAGAGCGCCGUGCAAAAAAAGAUCAUGCUCGAUGAUAACACGGUACUCGUUAAACAGGGUUCAGAGGGAUCUGGGAUCGAUGCUGACUCUGCAACCAGUCUGAUAUUCAACAGCACCGUGAGCAAAGCAAAAUUUAAUCAACUCAAGCGGAAAGUGGAAGUGCUCGAACAGGAGUCGCAGCACAUCAAAAACGAAAAUUACGAACUUAAACUAGGCUAUCAGAAACUCCAAUCAAGAUAUAAUACAAUGAUUGGGUCAUUUUUGACAUCAAAGUCUCAUAGCGAACGUUUGGUGGCUAAAUUCAAUGCCCUGACAAACUGCUUGUCUUCGCAAGGUUUUGAGCUUCCACAAGAGGUUAGCUACAACGUCGCAGAACCUCCGGCACCAAAAUCUCCCAGGAAUACGCAAUCACCAACAUUCGAAACCAUGGUUCCAACUAAUAUCCCACCUCAAAAAUUGCCCUCUGCUGCAAACUCUGGUCCAUCUUCGGGUACCCCUAACGAGGUUGUGGAUCAUCCGAUACUAAGAGCCGGUUUCCAUGUUCUGCUAGUCGAGGACGAUUCGAUUUGCAUACAAUUGUGUUCGAAAUUCCUUAUGAAAUACGGCUGCUCCGUCGAAGUAGUUACCGAUGGACUUUCUGCCAUUUCCACACUCGAAAAAUUCCGUUACGAUUUAGUCUUGAUGGAUAUUGUCAUGCCCAAUCUUGAUGGCGCCACGGCUACGUCGAUUGUCAGGAGUUUCGAUAAUCACACCCCAAUCAUAGCCAUGACCGGCAACAUCGAAGAUCAGGACCUAGUGACAUAUUUACAGCAUGGAAUGAACGAUAUUUUGGCCAAACCAUUUACGCGAGACGAUUUACAUUCUAUGUUGAUCAGAUAUUUGAGAAACCGCGUCCCUCUCUCAGAGCAGCGAGGGGAAGUAGCUCCCAAGGAUCCAGGUUCAGCAGAACUGAUACAAGAAGACGCGGUGUCAAAUCUGAUCAGCACUGAGCCGCAAAUGAAAAAGCAGCACAUAUAG